AUGCAAAUAUCUCCCGUGCGGCCUACGCUCCGCUCCUGGUUGCGGACGCAAGGUCCAUUGUUGUCCCGCCAACGUGAGACCUCCAGGUCCGGACCGCCGUUGGCCCCCGGCGUUCGAACUCGCCACCCCGGCCAUGACAGCGCCGUGCCCACGUCCGUAUCAAGUAAAGGUCACGCCAACUCGCGCGUCCAUCACAAAAGUGCUCCGGACGAACGCCUCCAUCGCGUGUGCCCGCAUCUCGUGACGUCCACCUAUCGUCGGGAGCCGCCGGAUCUAAGCGGAUCCACGCGACCGGAGAUCAUGUCUGAUUUGCCAGUUGGGCACUCGGACGCGCACGCCGUAGCUAACGCCGUGACGCUGCUGCGUUACGCU